CUCCAUCUCCACCACCACCAUCUCUCUCUGCCGCCUCCUCCUCGUCCGCUCCCUCCGCCGAUACUCCUCCGCCUCCAAUUCCUUCCCCUUCCCCUUCCAUUCCCCCAUUCCACAUACCUCCAAUCAGGAGCCCCAAUACCCUAAUCCCCCCUCCGUCCCUAACCAUUUCUAUUCCCCCUCUCCUGAUGCCUCCAAUUCACACUACAAUCCUAACAUCACCGCCCCUGCCGCUGAAUCCUCAAAUUAUAAUCACAGCCCCCAGUUCUCCACCUCCGCCGCUCCUAAUCACUUCUACUCCCCCGAUGCAUCAAAUUACCAUUACAAUCCUCAUGCCCCAGCCCCUUCCGCAGAAUCGUCAAAUUAUUAUCAGAACCCCCAGUUUUCCACCUCCGCACCCCCAAAUCAGUCCCACUUCCCAACUUCCACCACCACCAACUUCCCGGCAUCUAAUCAUUCCCAUUUCCCCAUUUCCUCCACUACCAACAGCGCCGCCGCCCCUGCUUCGGCGCCCUUUGUCCCCCAACGGUCGUACGGAUUCUCGUCCGCGGAGGAAGCUGCAGCCGAACGACGCCGCCGCAAGCGGAGACUCCGGAUUGAGCCCCCGCUUUAUGCCCUCCGCCCGAACCCGCAAACUCCUCCGCCCAACGCCAACAACCCUGACAAGCCCCGCCUCCCUGAUUCCACCUCUGCUCUCGUGGGCCCCCGCCUCAACCUACACAACCGUGUCCAAUCCCUUAUUCGCGCGGGAGACCUAGAUUCCGCCUCCUAUGUUGCUCGUCAGUCUGUAUUCCAGUCCAUACGCCCCACUGUCUUCACUUGCAAUGCCAUAAUUGCGGCAAUGUAUCGAGCCAAGCGCUAUAAUGAUGCUAAAGCCCUGUUCCAAUACUUCUUUCGCCAGUUCAAUAUCAUACCAAACAUUGUUUCAUAUAAUAACCUCAUUGUUUCUCACUGUGAGUCCAAUGAGAUAGAGGAUGCACUGAAAGUUUAUGAAUACAUUUUAGAGAAUGCUCCCUAUAGCCCAUCAGCUGUCACCUAUCGCCACCUAACAAAGGGCCUGAUUGAUGCAGGACGCAUUAAUGAUGCGGUGGAUUUACUUCGUGAAAUGUUGCACAAGGGUCAUGGUGCAGAUUCUUUGGUUUAUAAUAAUGUGAUUCUUGGUUUCUUGAAUUUAGGCAAUUUGGAGAAGGCUAAUGAGUUGUUUGACGAGUUGAAGGAGCGCUGCACAGUUUAUGAUGGGGUAGUUAAUGCAACAUUCAUGGAUUGGUUUUUCAAUCAGGGUAAACCAAAGGAGGCAAUGGAAUCAUACAGGGACUUGAUGGCUAGGAAUUACAGGAUGGUCCCUGCAACACGAAAUGUAUUGCUGGAAACGUUGUUGAGGCAUGGAAAGAAGAAAGAAGCAUGGGAUUUGUUCCACGACAUGUUGGACGAUCACACACCACCUACUUUCCAGGCGGUCAAUUCGGACACAUUCAAUAUGAUGGUCAAUGAGUGCUUUAAGGAAGGGAAGGUUGACGAAGCAAUGGAUGUUUUCAAGAGGGCUGGGAAGGGAGUCAAGUCAAAGCCUUUCCAGAUGGAUGUGGCCGGUUUUAACAAUAUGAUGGCAAGGCUGUGUGAACUUGAAAUGAUGGAUGAAGCAGAGCAGUAUUAUAAGCAAUUAUGUGAUAAGUCAUUAUCCCCUGAUGUUAAUACGUAUAGAACAUUGAUUGAUGCCUAUAUUAAGGUGGACAAGGUUGAUAGUAUGCUGGAGAAGUAUACAAAGAUGGUUGAGGCAGGUUUGAGGGUUAUCCCUCCUUAUGCGAAUAAGUGGUUUGGGUUCUUAAUUGAGAAGGGCAAAGCUGCUGAUUGUUUGCCCAUUUUGUCAAAAAUGAUUGAUAGAGAACCAAAACCUGAUGUAAUGACUUAUGAUAUUGUGAUAAGGGGUCUAGCGAAGGAAGGUAAUUUUGAUGCCACUGCCAAUUUGGUCAGAGAUAUGAUGAACCAAGGUAUUGGAACUACUGCUUCACUUAAAGAAUUUGUGUUGGAUGUUUUUGAGGGGCUAGGUCGACGGGCAGAGAUCGAGAAUAUUUUGAACAGGUUUCCAAGUCCUUUCCCACCUCAGAGGCCUUUCCUAGGACCAAGAGGUCCACCAAGGGUAAUGAGGCCACCUGAAAUGGUAGAACAAGGAGUAAGAAGUCCUGCAAUGCCAUGGCAGACAUCUUCUCCCCAACAGAUGUCUUUUCCAAAUCAAUUUACAGAACAAACCCGUCAACCCCAGAUGACAGAACAUGUGGCACGACCACAUCCCAUACCGGAGCAGGAAGCAGGGUUUCCUCGCAUGGCUGAACAAAGUGCUUCUUAACUUAUAGGUGAAUGUUUAGUGUUCAAUUGGUCUGUUCUGAAGUAUUUAAAAUGUUACAGCUUGAGCAACUAUUUUUUGGCUCGAUAGAGACUGUGAAUCAAUAUAAAUAUGAUCAAAAAGAAAAUUUUGUAAGAGUUGUGGACCUUGUAGGCAUACCUGCCGGAAGUUGCAAAAACAGACAUGAGCAUUUAUUAUAUUUGUAUUUCAUUAGUGUACUGGUUAAAGGUCUUAUGACUAAUAAUGAUUAUUAUGAUUUUCUUUUGUGUUU